CUUGCGACUUCGCAUCGAGAUUAUGAGAUUGACGCUCCACAAGAUGUGGGAAGGAUAUUGACCGGCGAUUGGUGCAGCAACCAAAAGAGUUCACCAAGGGACUGUCUGAUCCCUCGCAGGAGACAUGGACGGAGAAUUUCAUGAGGCUUCAGUCAUGGGGCACGACAUCCUGGGCCUGUCUCCGGAUCUGGACAGUUUCCUAAGUCUCCUAGGGCUGGACACCUGCAAUGAGAGUAUCUACUCCUCCGGUUUAGGCCUUGAAGAUAUUCACCAUGAAGGGAGCGUGAUAGACUUCAGUUUGGUGGACAGCAGUCAAACUGGGUUCGAGGAGGACUUGGAGAUAGCACCCAUCACUCUAGAUGGAUUAAUCCCCUUUUUGGCCUCUCACCAAUGUCCUACACCUCCACAUAGCUCUGGAAGCGGAAGGGUGAAGACAAGGACGGGCGACUAUGUCACCUUUGACAGUCAAGUCGCAUCCUCUGUUGAAGAAUCGGGCCUCGUAACAAAUUUCCUGAAUGAUGCUGUGUCCACAAGCCUCAGUGACACUCAGCUGACGUUCUUCAACAAUGUAACACCAUCCCUAAGAGGCCAGCAGGGAAAAUCUGCUACUAGUUCAUACAGUGAAGCCUCGGACUGCACAACUAGUUCACUGAAUGAUGUCAUCUCCUCCACAAGCCUGAGUACUUCUCCAUUAGGAUGUCUGAGCGAAGGUAGGAUCCCGUUUAAAGGCCAUCAAGGAGAAGCAAAUACCAGUUUCAACAGUGAAGGUGCGAUCUUACUCGAUGCUUCGGGCAAUGUAUCAAGCUCGCUCAAUGAUACCUUUGUUUCCACAAACCAGAAUACGAAUCAGUUAACAUCUUUGAAGAGAGUUAGGUCACCGUCUAGAAGCCCUCAAGGACCAACCAUCGCCAGUUUAGACAAUGAAGCCUCGGGUAAUGUAACUAGUUUGCUAAAUGAUGCUGUUUUCUCAACGAACUCAAGUACUUGUCCAGUAACAUCUUUGAAUAAAGUAAGGACACCCUCUAUACAUGUAGGCCAUCAAGGAAAAGCAAAUGCCAGUUUCAACAGUGAAGGUGCGAUCUUUAUUGAAGCCUCGGGCAACGUCAGAAAUUUCCUGAAUAAUGUUGUCAUCUCAACGAGCAUGGGUAAUACUCCAUUAGCAUCUUUCAAAAGAGAUAGUACGCCCUCUAAAACAUUUCAAGAAAAGGGGGUUGUCUUAGAGAAAUCGAAAACCAGUGCCCCUAGGGGAAGCCCCAGUCAUACGCAUGUGUCAAAGACAAGAAGCAAAAGGAAGCACAGUUCUGCGAAGGCAGUAAGCUCUACGACUAGUGGACCGAUUGGGCUUAAGGCUCCACAACAAAAAGAGCAGAAGCAAUUUAAAUGUUCUACAUGUGGUGCAGUGUACAAAUCUCAUGCUUUGUGUGUGAAUCAUGUGUUAGAUCGACACAAAGUAGGAAUGAGGGUUAAACACCGAGUCUCUGGCUCUCGCUCUAGAAACACCCCGGGUAUACACCUGAAACAGCCGGUCAAAGUUUCAUGUGUGGUACCACACGGAAAAAGCUCCAGUUGUGCAAGUAGUGAAGAUUCUUCAAUAUUGACAAGGCAGAUGAAAAUGGCUGAAAGUGAUAUUGACCUCAAGAAUAAUGUUGCCCCAAAUGGAAAGUCUGGAAAGAACCGAGAGACCAGUACUGACCGCAAGUCUGGCCCAACACAAUUAGAAAGAACUCCAACCACAGUAGAAAGCAAAUGCCUUGCUGGUUCCAAAAGACAAAGAUCAAAGAGCCCACGAUCCUGCAAAGGUACUCCAAAAGUGAAACCACGAUCCUGGAAGGAGUCACAAGAAAGUGGAUCCAUUGAUUCUAGUGCAUUUACUCCCAAGGAUGUAGGAUGUCAAGUCAUGGAAGAUGAGUGUGAUGUGAGUGAUAUGACCUCAGUUCAAGACCAAAAGCAGUCUCUAACAACCACAGCAAGCAAGAAGAAAGGUGUAGCAUGUAAGCAGAAGAGAAACCAUGGGGGAACAGAAAGUCACACAAGUUCAUCCAAAAGAGAUCCUGAACCUUUCAAAGAGGUUGCUCGAAAGAAAAGAAAAUUGGAGCCUGUCAGCAUUGAAAGGGUGGCCCACUUGCUUCAUCCAAGACCGAGAAGGCAGAUGAAAAUAGCUGAAAGUGAUAUUGACUCCCGAAAUGAUCCUUCACCGGACAGAAAGUUUGGAAAGAACCUAGAAAAAGAGACUGACCGUAAGUGUGGGUCAAUGGGUUGCCGUAGAGCACCAUCCACAGGGGAAAGCAAAUACCUAGCUGGUUCCAAAAGGAUCAGAUCACAGAGUCCACGAUCACGUAAAAGUACUCCCAAAGUGAGUCCACAACCCUGGAAGGAGUCACAAGAAAGAGCAUUGAUUGAUUCUAGCGAUUUUGCUCGUAAGGACGUUCAUGUGGGAAGACAAGAGACCAAGUCUAGUAAUGUGACCACGGUUCAAGACCUAAAGCAGGCUUUCAAAAGUUCAGCAAGCAAAGAGAAAUGUUUAGCGCAUACAGAGAAGAGAGACAACAGGGGAAGACCUAACGAAACAAAAAGCCAGAAAUGUUCAUCCGAAAGAGAUCCUCGGUAUCACAAAGAGGUUCCUGAAAAGAGGACAAAAGAGGUGUCUGGUGGCAGUGAAAGGACAGUUUACCUUCUAGACCCAAGGAAGAUGACGAUAGUUAUAUGUCCUCGAUGCCAGAAAGCAUUUACCACAUAUAUGGGGUAUUCCCUUCAUGCAGCUCAAGUCCACAAUGUCUCGGCCAAUGAUGCUCCAGGAAAACUCUUGCAGCUUCUAGUUCAAAGGUCACCUCAGUACUGUUCAAAGACCACACCUGACCAGGGUCUUGAUGAACCCAAGGACGAUGGGCUACGUAGAAAGAGUGGAAUCUGUCGGGAGAUGGUAGGAAAGAGCGUGUGUACCUCCAGUGAUGCCUUCUCUUCUACUGUAAAAAAGCACAUGUCAGACCAGAGCCAGCUUGCUGUCAAGAUGGCACAAACUGAAACUUCUGAUUCUCUGGGAGCAAUAUCCUAUGACAGCAGUGAAGGAAUAUUGUGUGCGAAAUCCACGCAAACAGACAUUUCAUUCUUAGAAGAGCCGUUCUGUGAUCAACGAAAAGAGAACCGUAGGAUCUGGCAGAUUGAUGAUUUAAGAACAGAUGUUCAUGAAGGAAACAGUGGAAUCUCUCUGGAUGAUGAAGAUAAUGCAGGAACAAACCAGAAAGUUGUACCAGUAACCUCUUCCACCCUCUAUGAUCUGCAACCCAGUGACAGGAAUCAUGAACAGUCAGUAAAGAUGAGGUCAAAGACCUCAACGGAUCAGAUGAAUGAAACAUCCACUAUGAUUAAACACGGAGGAUCCCUUCUGUGCGAAUGCUGUGGUGUGAUCUUCAAAGAUCUGUCUGGUCUGGAUGACAAACAUCAACUUGGAUCAGUCCCUGGAGAGUUGGUGUGUGAGUGGACGGCCGGAGUGAAGGCGAUGGAAGAAAGCUCUUUCCUUUGCUCAACGUGUGGGAUUCAUAUAUCCUCUCUUACAGACCUGGGCAGCCAUUCUGCAAGCUGCGGUGUGGUUGUUCAAGAUUCUGCAGGAGUGGAUGACAGCGACCAGAUUGUAUCAGCUCCAGGAGGGUUGAUGCGUCCCUUAACAGCUCAAGAGGAGGCAAUCGCAGGAAAUGAUUACUUUUGCUCAGUGUGCAGGAUCAGUAUUCCCUCUCCUGGAGACUUCAGAAGCCACUCCUGUGAUAUAUCCAUGUCUGUAGGUGUCCACCAUGGGAUGAGCGCAUCUCCAAGCAGCAAGCCAAGGGUGGAUGUUGGUGACCCGGAAAGGUUGUCUAGCCGUCUGAUGUGCGUAGGGUCCAAAGGUGAUGUGCAAAGUGACAAGACAGUGCUGAAAGAGUAUCAGGGAUUGUUUGAUGGCUUCCCUGGUGUGGCAAAAGGAGACCAACCUCUGGACAGACGGGUCACUUCGAAGAGGAUCAACGCAGGAACUAAUAGAUCAGUCAUAAGGAAGCAGCCAGGUAGUGUUUCCCAUGCAACGGUGAGGAUUCCUCAAAAAAUUGAGACCCCUGGAAACCCUGGUCAUGUUUCUCUGGACCACAUGCCAGAACAGUGUCAUGGUUUGUUAAAUGAAAGCACCGGUGUCAUUGAAGCAGAAAAAAAACCUAGAAACGGAUGGCAUACUUUGAAGAGGAUGAAUGUAGGAGCUGCCAGGAGACUAAACAUGGAGAGGAUUGAUAGUUCAUCCCAUGCAACGGUUAAGAUGCCUCAAGGAAUGGAGAACUCUUACGAUGUUUCUUUGGACAGUAUGCUAGAGCAGUGUCAGAGAAUGUUGAAGGAGUCUGCAGAUGUGCUCGGAGAUGGAAGCAUUUAAAAGGAAAGACCACACUGAUUUUGUAUUAUUGUAGACAUUGAAAAAUGAGAGAAACAUGUCUGGGAAAGUUUGA